AUGCCUCCGCCAUCCCGAGUUCCCAACCGCCCGCCCUCUGCAAUGUCGAUAUCGCAAGCUUCGCAAAGAGGGGAGGACGCCGAGGGAAGACCAACAAGUCCUUCCAGGAGGACAAGAAAGGUGACGGGAGGCUCGGUCAGCUCAAAGAAGGGCGAUCAAGGGCUGCAUCUGAAUGAGAAUGGAGAGAUCAACAUCCAGGUUGUCGUGCGAUGCCGUAGAGGACGUUCAACACAAGAAGUGACACAAGCGUCACCGAUAAUCACCACGACUGGCGGACCUCUAUCGAAGCAAGUCACCGUUGAAACCACUCCCCAGAUCUCCUCGACGAUGUCGUCCUUCACAACAGCUUCGACCUAUGGAGGUUCCCACCAGCCUUCGACUAAAACUUAUCCAUUUGACAAGGUGUUCGGCCCCGAAGCAGAUCAAACGAUGGUCUUUGACGAAGUGGCCGAGAACAUGCUUGCAGAGGUCUUGGCGGGCUACAACUGUACCAUCUUCGCCUAUGGACAGACUGGUACUGGUAAAACCUACACCAUGCAAGGUGACCUUGAGCUCACCAAUCUCGGCGCCCCGAAAUCUACUGCUGGUAUUGUCCCUCGGGUCCUCCAUCGACUAUUCAACAUCCUGGAAGCUGAUACGGAGUCUGAAUACUCUGUCAAAUGCUCGUAUGUCGAGCUCUACAACGAAGAGCUUCGGGAUCUACUAGCUCCCGAGUACAAAGGGGAACAAAGUGGGAAUGCAGGGCUCAAGUUGUACGAAGAUGGAAAGAAGGGAGUCAAUAUACAGGGACUGGAGGAGGCGGGAGCGAGGACUCUGAAGGAGGCGUUGGGCAUCGUGGACAAGGGUGUUAAGAGGAGGCAGACUGCCGAGACAAAGAUGAAUACGGAGUCAUCACGAUCACACACCAUCCUGACCGUCACCGUCCACGUCAAAGAGAGCAGCAUGCAGCGUGGCGGGGAAGACAUGCUUCGAAUCGGUAAAUUCAACCUUGUCGACCUGGCUGGUUCUGAAGCCAUUGGCCGUUCGGGGGCUACCGAUAAGCGUGCGAGAGAAGCUGGUAUGAUCAACCAGUCGCUCUUGACAUUAGGCCGAGUCAUCUCCGCCCUAGUCGAGAAGGGAAACCACAUCCCUUAUCGCGAGUCCAAACUCACCCGACUUUUACAAGACUCGUUGGGUGGCAGAACCAAGACCACCAUCGUGGCUACCAUCAGUCCCACCCGAUCCAACAUGGAAGAGACUCUCUCUACCCUCGACUAUGCUAUCCGUGCCAAGUCUAUCCGCAAUCGACCAGAGGUCAAUGCCCACAUGACAAAAGCCGGUUUGCUCAAAGAAUACGUCGGCGACAUAGAGAAGCUCAAAGCGGAGUUGACGGCCACGAGGGAGAAGAAUGGUAUCUACAUACCGGAGGACCAGUGGCGCGAGCUCCAAGCGGUUCAACAUAGGCAAAAGUCCGACUUUGACGAGGCUCGCGAGCGAGCUGGCGCCAUCGAAGUGGCUCUCAAGACUGCCAAAAAGGAAUUUGAUGAGAUUAGCGUCAAACUCAUAACCACUUCCGAUGAGCUCGCGCAGGUCCGAGAAGUAGAGAGGACACUGAAUGAGAUGCUGGAUGAGACCAAAUUGGUUCUUGCCCAAAUGAAAGUGAAGCUGGACGAGGAAGAGGCAGUCAGCCAGGCCUAUAUGCAGGGGGAGGACAGGCUGGAUGCUGUUGCCGGAAGCCUGAAGCAGGUUGCCACAGAAAGCGUCAACGACGUUGGUAGUCUCUUCGAAAAGAUUGCUCGAAAGGCAAAGGUCCUUGGAUCCAAUGCCGAUGCCGCAACGGCGUUCGGCAGUCAAAUGCAAGGCCUCUCACAGGGCCUCAACGCCGGUCUUGCCCAACUUCUCAACGCCCAUAGUGCGUUUGGCGACAGCGUCCGGUCCGAGAUGAGCGCCCUCGCCCUUACAGGACAACAAGCGACUCAACAUGACCUCGCACAUCUUGACAAGUCAUUUGCUGCCUUCACCGACCUCGCACAGAAGUUAUCUGCUUCCAACGAAAAGGGUCAGCGCGAGUCUGCCGACAUGAGCAAGUCACUCCUGGCUGUCAAAGACGAGGUGCAGAGUUCUGUGAGAGAAUGGGCACAGGGCGUGAGCGAAAGGAGCAAGUCAAUGGUUGAUGAGCUGUUGGAACAUCAGCAAUUGCAUCUCACAGCUGUCGGCUCUGUCCUCGCAUCAACAUCGGACCUGGUAGAGGCCAUCAUCGCCACCUCACAGCAACAUCUCGCUACGGAAGCUGCCGCUGCCUUACGCGCCCGAGAGCUGGCCGUCCAACGCUCAGCCUCUGAAGCUGAACGUUUGCGCUCCCAGAACAACCUCCUGAUGACUCUCCUGGCCAAUGAAAAAUCCAAGACCGCCAAGCUCCGAACGGAGUUGGUUGGCAACUUGACAAGCAUGAUCGAGGACUUUACGGAUGCACAAGACAAGGGAUGGAGUGAAGCAGUGGAGAAGGCCAAGAGAGAGAACCAGGCCGGAAUCGUCUCGCUGGAAAGAUUUAGAGAUGAAGUAGGAGAAGCGUGGACAGAGGGUGAGGAAAGGCGAAAGGUGUUUGAGACCGAGGCCACCACUGGCCGCGAAGCAGGUGCUCGACAAAAAGAAUUCGGCGAACAGGCUCUUGGUCAAGUGCGCGAAGGGCUUCGACAACGGCUGGUAGACUAUGGACAAGAGACCAUGGGUGAGGCCGAGAAGCACGUCCAGGUCGUCGACGGCUUCUGCGUGAAGUUGACCAAAGGGGCGAGCAAUGUGGCGAGCAAGACGUCCGCAAGAGGCAAGAAAAACUCGGAACUGGUAGAGGCUAUGACCAAGAAUGCUUCUUCCACGCACGAGGCAUCCAAAGCUAGGACAACGGCCAUGGCUGGCUCAAUCGAGGCUUUGACAUCGACCCUUCUGGCUUCGCAAUCGAAUGCGUCUGCCACAUUCGCUCAAAAUCAUUCAUCGGCCGAGUCAUCCCUCCAAGCGAUCAUGUCCUCAGCCGCUACCUUCCUCCAGUCCGGCAUCGAAGAGGACGUACCUACUGGUAUCACGCCUCGGAAGAAGACAUGGAAUGUGCAAUCGAGCUGGGGCAGAACAGGGCCCAGGGAAGCCAUAUUGGCGGACUGGAGAAGGCGACAAGGAAUACCUGAAGCUGAAUUUGAGACAUCGGGGCAUGCGGAAGAAUCGUCUAUUGGGACUGACGACACCGUCAAGGGAGUUAUUGGCGACUUGUCUAGUUCAUCUCAACCGAUAUCUCGAGAGGGCAGCAUGGUAUUCCCUUCUCAAACAAGCUCUCGUGAGCCUACGCCUUCUUCAAUACCACCGCCAUCUUCCCUUAACGCCAGCACUCGCCAAGCUUCAGGCCCGACUGUCCCCAAGACGAAGGCCUUGAGAUUACCUGCAGGAAAGAAGUUGAGCCGUGAUGCUGCGGAUGAGCCUCGGCCGGUGGUGGCAGUGCUGGGGGAAGGAGGAGUCAAUCUACCCAGGCGCGCGGGUCGACGUGGGAAUUGAGCUGGACGGAUGGACAGUAGAUUUUUU